AUGGUAUCGGUUGAGAGAACAAAACAAUUUACAAACAUCCCAUCAGAAGCAGCAUGGGAGAUAAAAGACCUGUGUUCCUCCUUCAAAUUGGCCUUCCCGUGUCAAUGUCGAGCUCAAAGACUUGCAGGCAUUAGUCCAAGCAUUCACGGGGGUGAAAAGAUUGGUGUUGUGGGUCGAGCAGGGAGCGGGAAAUCAACUUUGAUCCAAGUGUUCUUUAGGCUGGUGGAACCUUCAGGAGGCAAAAUUAUCAUCGAUGGGAUUGAUAUAACCACAAUAGGGCUUCACAAUAUCAGGUCUUGCUUCGGGAUCAUUCCUCAAGAACCUGUCCUUUUUGAAGGAACUGUGGGAAGCAACAUUGAUCCAGUAGGAAUGUAUUCAGAUGAAGAAAUUUGGAAGAGCCUUGAACGCUGCCAACUUAAAGAUGAGGUAGCUGCAAAACCUGAUAAACUCAAUUCUUUAGUGGCUGAUGAUGGCGACAACUGGAGCAUGGGGCAAACACAGCUUCUCUGUUUGGGGCGAGUUAUGUUGAAGCACAACCGGCUCUUGUUCAUGGACGAGGUCACGGCUUCAAUUGAUUCACAGACAGAUGCUGUAACACAAAGGAUCAUCCGAGAGGAUUUUGUUUGGGGCGAGUUAUGUUGA